UAAUCUACUGUCAAAAAUAACACUGUCACCUUUUUGAUACCUAAAAUAAACAUCACCAUCAUUUUUGUUAUUUUGUUCGAAAUCCUUAGUCUUAUUAAGUUUUUACAAAAUGUCGGGGUGUCCGGAUCGAGAUCGGCUCAAGUGCGAUGUCUGCCGUACUAUUAAUUUGGCCAAGCAUUUGAAGCAUCCGAAACCAAACAUGCAAAUGUAUGAAAAAUGUCCUCAAACCGAGAAAUACAGCAUACGUGAAGAAUACCAUCUGCAUCCAACCUGUAUAAAAGUAUGCACCAAAGAAGAGUACAAGAUGAAGAAAAGCGGCCAAUCUCCUGUUGUACCCAGAGUACCUCACUACGUCCACGGAAAACUAAUGUACGCCGUCAAAGCUGGCAUCAUAGUAGGUUCUCUUUACUUCACGUACACACAAGGAGUGUGGGGCGACCAACGACAGGUUACAGAAUGCAUUCGCCGAUGGCAGGAAUAUUAUCGAAGCAUCAACACAAGGCGCCCGCCAGUUUUUGACAAGUGUGGUAACGUGAUUAAAAAGGAUACAGUUGAGAGUAUAUUAGGGCCCGCUUAUUCACUGUACAAAAGCGCUGUGACUACGUGUUUCGCUGGUGUUGUCAAAGUACCGCUCUUAAUCAAAUGCGCUUAUUUUGAUUACCUGAAAGCUUUAGAGAAGAAAGCAGAAGAAGAGGCAAGGGAAAGGAAAUUAAAGAAAAAAUGAUGAGCAGUAUAACCUUCGUAGACAAGUAACUAGUAUUGUAUUGUAAAAAUUGAUAAGUUAAUUUGUAACGAGACUAGGCAGAACUAAGUGAAAGUAUCAAGUCCAUCUUUGUACGAAAAGUUGACCUAACAUUUCAUUUUCUAUCUUCAAGUUUUUGUGAAACCGUCAAAACAGUUCAAUAAAAUUAUAUCGAUAUAAAAACAUUGUAUAACAUCUAAUGAAAUAAAUUAAUGUUCACUGUAUAGCGCUUACCGUAAGCCAAAAAUUAGUUUCAAGUCGUAAUGAAGGAGACAAUUUGAAAUUAUGGUAAGCAACAAGAAACGUAUUUAAAAAGAAAAUAUUAUUUAUUGUAUUGUUAUUCUUUUUGUUAAAAAUGUAAUAUUAAAUACGUUUUUGAAAGA